ACCAGCUCUUCAAUUAUUAUACUUGGUUGCGGUUCUGCCUGAUCUUCAAUUAUUAUUCAUUUCUAGUUCUUAUCAUUACAGGAUCAGAGAGAUCAUCCAUGGCAGCUGCACUGGAGAAAAAAAGAAGCAUUCUGAUGUUACCCUGGUUAGCCCAUGGGCAUAUAUCAUCCUUCUUGGAGUUAGCCAAAAACCUUGCUCGGAAAAAUUUCCACAUCCUUUUCUGUUCUACGCCUAUUAAUUUAAAACCCAUCAGAGAGAAUUAUGAGCUGAUGAAUUCAAUUCAGUUUAUAGAUCUUCACCUUCCUCCAUCAGAGGAACUCCCUCUUCAUUUUCACACUACCAAAGACCUCCCUCCACACCUCAUGCCCACCCUUAAAAUUGCCCUUGAUGAGGCCAAACCAGAGUUUUUUAGUAUUCUUAGGACCUUUAAGCCUGACCUUGUCAUAUUUGAUUUCUUGCAGCCAUGGGUUCAGGUGGCGGCUAAGGAGCAGGGUAUUGAAGCUGUUGUGUUCAUGACUGUUGGUGCAAUGACUAGUUCUUUCUUGGUCUAUUAUAGUAUCUCAGAUGAUUCAGGAAAGGAAUUUCCUUUUCAGGAAAUCUAUUUCCCAGAAUCUGAACGCCAAGAAAUGCUGCUAUCCAUGCAUGAUGCUGCUAACGGGAAGACUAGUGGAGAGAGGUGCUUGGAAUCCUUCAAGAAAUCUUCCAACUUUGUCUUGAUGAGGACAUCAAGAGAGAUAGAAGGGAAGUACAUUGAUUAUCUUUCUACAUUAGUAAACAAAGAGAUGGUCCCAGUUGGUCCUCUUGUUCAGGAACCUGUAUUCAAUGAUCAGGAUACAGUGAUGAUCAUGAACUGGCUGAGUGAGAAAGAACCUUCCUCUGUUGCUUAUGUUUCCUUUGGAAGUGAGUAUUUUCUUUCUAAAGAAGAGAUGGGGGAGAUAGCUCUUGGGCUGGAGCUUAGCAAGGUUAGCUUCUUUUGGGAUGUGAGGUUUCAUGGAGGAGACACGGGCUGGACUAGCAUUCAUGAGGUCUUACCGGAUGGCUUUUUGAGGAGGAUUGGGGAGAGGGGAAUGAUUUUUGAAGGGUGUGCACCACAAGUAAAAAUCUUGAGUCAUGAGAGCAUUGGAGGGUUUGUAAGUCAUUGUGGAUGGAGUUCAACACUUGAGAGUAUGAUGUUCGGGGUGCCAAUUGUAGCCAUGCCAAUGCAACUUGACCAGCCUUUGAAUGCCAAGUUGAUAGUAGAAGUCGGUGUUGGAAGAGAAGUGCCAAAAGAGAGUGGGAAAUUCAAGAAAGAAGUGGUAGCAAGGGUGAUCAAAGAAGUUCUUUUUGCAAAAGAAGGGGAAAGAGUAAGAAUCAGAGCUAAAGAAUUGGGCAAGAAAAUGAGAGAGAAAAGAGGUGAAGAGAUUGAUGUGGUAGCAAAGAAACUAGCACAGCUUGUUAAGGAUUAAUCUAGGACUUGUUGCUUUUUGUAACAAGUACAAUAGGGAAUGAACCAUGGGAUUCUGUUUUAGCACUCUGUCCCUUGAAGUAAACAGGGGAGAUAAAGUUGAACAAUUAAUAGUUUUAUAAGUUCUGUAAUGAAAUAUCCUUUGAAAU